CCUCAAAUUCCUUUUUCCCUCGAUCUCACACCACCACUCUUUCCUCGUCGCAAUGCCUCUCGAAACCGGUCUUCAAGGCGCCCAUGUCCUCAUUACGGGAGGUACGCGAGGCAUGGGCCAAGCCAUGGUGCGCCAAUUCCUCCAGGAAGGCGCGAAUGUCUCCUACUGCGCCCGCACCGUCACCAACACCGAGUUCAACGACGUCCACCAAACCCUCCCGGAGAGCAACUCUGCCCGUGCAGUGGGGACCGCGUUCGAUGUCUCCUCCAAGGAAGCCAUCGUAAACUGGGUGAACAGCUCCGCCGAACGCGUGGGACGGAUCGAUGUCAUUAUCGCCAACGCAUCACCCAUGCAUAUGGAAGGCGAGACUGCGCACUGGGAGAGCAGCUUCGCGAUCGACGUGAUGGGCUUCGUGGAGCUGGUUAAGGCGGCCGAGCCCUACCUGGAGAAAUCCCCGCAGGCCUCCAUCAUCGUGCAGAGCUCGUUCAUGGGCCGUGAGUUCUACCGUAGUCCGCCCGCGGCCUACGGGCCCUGCAAGGCCGCCCAGCUGCAGCAUGUGCAGGAGCUGUCGCACUACCUGGGCCCCAAGGGCAUCCGGGUCAACGCCAUCUCGCCGGGCCCCGUGCUCUGCGAGGGCGGGCCCUGGGAGCUGUACUCGAAGACCAUGCCGGAGUGGGUGGAGGAGCAGCGGUUAAAGAUCCCCCUGAAGCGGCUGGGAGGCCCGCAGGAGAUUGCAAAUGUGGCGGUGUUUUUGGCGAGUCCGUUGGCCAGCUUUGUCACGGGAACGAAUGUAUUGGUAGAUGGUGGGAUUCACGUGGGCACCCAGUUUUAGAUUUCUGAGCGUAUGAGAU